AUGGCACUUAAAUUAAGAUCAUUGAAAGUUUCCCCAUCAAAAACUGCCGCAUCAAACGCUGAACAAAUAUCAAAGUUAAGAGCUUCGCAGUCCCCAAUUGCAAUCUCCGUACCUCGUUGUCCAACUUGGUCGUCCCUUGAGCCGCUUCGCUUCAAACGCUACUGGGAUAAUGAAGCAGAUGGAAUUCUCCUCAAUACGGGGCAGACAGCAUACUUCACAAUUGAUUCGCAAACACGUCCCUGCUUAAGUGGAGGUCCACUCAUCGGAGAGUAUAUAUUUGAGCAGAUGCACUUCCACUGGUCGGUCGAUGAUUUCACUGGCUGUGAACAUGUGCUCGACGGUCACGGAUACGCUGCAGAAUGUCAUCUAGUCCACUACAAUAGUAAAUAUCAGUCCUUAGAAGCAGCGGUGGCCCAUGCUGACGGAUUAGCUGUAGUCGGAUACUUACUAGAAGCGGUAGAUGCGCCAAACCCAAGCUUUGAUAAAUUUGUUGAGGGAUUGGAGCAAAUAAGAAAACCGGAACACAGUGUCGUGCUGUCGGCAGAAUCCUUAUCGUGGAUGAACGCCGAAGACGUAACUUCAGAGAGCUACGUCACGUACAAAGGAUCUCUCACCACCCCACCUUACACCGAGUGCGUAACCUGGAUUAUAUAUGAAAAGCCAGUACAAAUCGGAACGGAACAAUUGGGGCUUUUAAGACAAUUGGAAGGAGCGGAUAGUGUACCGAUCGAAAGAAACGUGAGGCCCACGCAGCGUCAUCCACCAGGACAUUCAGUUAUAUACGUGAAGCAGGUCAAAGCGAAGCUG